UCCACCAACUUUGACAUUCCAUUCAAGGACACAUUCUCGAAAAUUUAGAACUGAAGUUAUGCGUUUAUGUGAGUCUACGAAAGCAUCAAUCAAUAGUAUGAUGAAAGCAAUACUGAGUGACCACUCAAAUUUAUUUUUAAUUCCGCCUUGUCACUUUACGUGUUUCGUGGUGUUCAUGCUUCCGUGAAAUACUCUGGUUACACUCGAGUAGGCUUUUAUUAAACGGAAUCGCUUCAAAACCAGCUUAAGAGAACACCUUAGUGGCUUUCGCCAGUCAAGUUGAUCAUAUAGGUUUGAGACAAUUUUAUCGAACAGAUAGCUCACUUUUCGUUCAGUUUGUUUCGACUUAUGGGUUAUAUCUGCCUAAUCAGGUAUUAUAACAUGUGUAUGGGCUACAAGAGCCUAAUAUCCUUAUUGCCUGGAUCUGAGUCUGAAAUUUAGAUAUUUAUUUGUUAUGCAGCGCUGCACGUAACUUAUAAUCAAAGAUUUUCGCCUCAGCUUUUCUCGGGACUACUUGGAGAUAACUCUUGCAAUUCUCGUGAGGAUCUGAUCAGGUCUCUUGAUUGUGGACAAAUAUGGUCACGAUGACUCAAGUUCUGCCGGUGCAUACUUCUAAGAGAUUUCAGAAACGGAGCGGUAAUCUACAGCGGACAAGACUGAAAAACAAAUCUGCUCGAGCACGUCCUCACACUUACUGAGAGCUUACUCCUCGCUAGAAAACUACACUCUAGAAAAGUCAAAUAACUGGUUAUCUGUGUGCUCAUGAUUAUAAAAGAGUGACGGAAACUUGUUUAUUGGGAAUGUCUCGUGGUAUUCUCCGUCAAAAGCUUGAUAACCUUUAUCAAUCAAAAACCAGAAGAUGGGUUGCAAUUAUACUCGGAAUAUUGGAGUUGUUUUGGUUUAGUGGUUACUACUAUGGUUUCAAUUCGCUUAUUCCAGCCUGGAAAUCACUCAGGGUGUUUGCAUAUAACUGCAGCGAUACGAGUAACACUUGCAUGUAUUAUGAUUAUAUGUUUGGAAAUGGUUUUGUGGUAUGGAUUGUAACGCAAAUGUGCUUGAUAACAUUCGCUGGACUGAUCAUGGAUAAAGUUGGAUUGCGGGCAAUGAAGUUAAUAGCUGUUUGUUUGUACUUUAUCGGCACAGUGUUAUUUGCUUAUAUACAUGGUGAUACGGAGUCACUUUACUUCAUUUCUGGCAUAUUAGUUGCUCUUGGCAGCACAUCGAAUUUGAUAUGUAAUCACCAGAUUACUUCGAUGUUUCCCAAAUAUCGUGGAAUAUGCAUUUCUCUCUUAUCUGGUGCAUUCGAUUCAAGUACGCUUAUCGUUUUCAUAUUCUCUAAGACGUAUACGCAACUAUCUCUGCAAACAUCUUUCACCAUCUUAGCAGUCACCUCACUUUGUGUCGGUUUAUUUAUGGCUAUAUUUAUUCUAACUACAAAGUCGGGUGAUAUGAGCAGGUUUGCAUACAGCAAUGAAAUGGUUGAAAACAGUCACCUUAAAGGACGUGAACGGGUGAAAGCUCCUUCCGAUGGUACCAAUGGAAAUACUGAAAAGAUGUUGCCGAGUGAAGAAGGAACGAACAACGUUGAUGUAUCGAGAAGAGUCAACACAAUCAUAGAAUUACGUUAUCAAUCCUUGAAAGAUUGUAUACUAUCCUUGCCAUUCCUGAUGAUCGCAAUAUGGUUUACGAUUGGUCUGUUUCGUUUCUCAACAUUUCUUGGACAACUCCAACGCUUGAUAUAUGAGUCGUUUGGAGACGAUGAGGCGACAGUCGAUCAUGUGCUUCAAAUAUCAUCAGCAUUUUCAAUGUGUGGUUUUCUAGCGGCUCCAAUCACCGGUUUCAUACUGGACACAUCUCAAGCUUACUGUCGAAGAAAGAUAGCACGGAAUACAAACUGGAGCAUAGAUAGCAGUGAGUCAUACGAGAAUAAAAUUUACUACACGUAUGUAUUCGGACUGGCGCCAGGUUUGUUCAUCAUGGCAGUGUGUGCUGUAUUUGUGAGUGGUUUAGUAUUUAUACCGAAAGUGAUUGCCUUCUAUGCAGCAUUUGUCUUCUUGGUGAUGUUGCGUUCAUUGUUGUUUAGUGCAUCUGUUGGAUUUUGUUUAAUCGCCUUCCCCAUCCAUUACUUCGGGACGGUGAAUGGUAUAUUGAAUACAAUCGGUGGUGUGUUCAGUCUACUUCAGUAUGCAUUUCAAUACACACCGACAGCAUCGAUAGCUAAUAUCAUUGCAACUGUUGUCACUUUCGGGUUAUUCAUACCGCCUAUUGUUCUUUUCAAGAUGAGUAGGCGAUAGUCUCAGAGUGGUGAAUAACUGCGACUUCAGGGAUGAUCCUCACAGACAUUCUCGCUUUCCCCCACUUGCUUGCUUUCUUCGUCUUUGUCGUUUAUGUAUGUUUUGCUAUAUUUAUUCAAUGAUCGACUUAUAUCAUGAGUGACGUGGAAAUCUUCUUUCAAAUAGGCAAUCUUUCGUAUUUUUUUAAAACGUUUUUGACGCUUACCCUUUGCAGUACUUAUGAAUAAUUCAAGUAUCUGUUCGCUAUUUUAUGCUUUUGUAAAAAUCAUGUUUUCAUUCCUGACAUUGUCAAGGGUUUUUAUAUCACAGCAUUUUGUUUAUAUCUUUUAUAAAAGCCAAUAUAUUCAAAUUACCAGUUUGCAUGUUUGAUUGUUUGUUUGUAUGUUGUCACUGUUCAGCGCUGUCAGUGUAAUCUUUCGUCUUCAGAUGAAGAAGAGCAUAUUAAUGAGACAUUUAUUUAUCUUCUAUUUGUAAAUUGUCGAGAAAUGUGUCUGAUGUGGGCACUUUCAGUUAAAUCGAGAAAUAUAGUAGAACAGUUGUAUCAUGUUGUGUGUUAUAACUUUGGUCUUGUUUGAUAUGGGAUUCGGAAUAGGGGGAAUUUAAUAAUAGGACAGCUUUUGAUGGCUGAGUACCUACUAGGAUUUUAAUACGCUACAAGUGAAUUACGUCACUUUAGUUAACAUCUUGUUGUUAGGGCGGGAACUUUUCAACAUUUAAAUAGCAUUCGUAUGUUGAUUUACAGAUAUUUAAUUUGUUACAAGUUUUCACUAUGAGCUCACUUUGGCUAGAGAACCAUUUGACAACCAGCAGAGAGUACUAUAUAACAGUGUCGUCAGCCUUAUUUGAGAAGCUGCUUCAGUUCGCACCAUUUGGUGUGUUUUGGACACACGGCCUUCCGGUUACAAGGCGAGCUCUUAAACCGUUGUGCUUCUGUGACCCCAUCCAAUAGCCUUCACAUGAAUUCGAACUUCCACAACAUCAGCGAAUUAAUAACACAGCGCCUGAAGAAUGCAGUUAAAAAACUUAUUAUGCAGCAGAGGCGGUACGUUGUCUCUUUACAACCACACCUAUUUUAUGUUCGAGAAAUAGGAUAAACUACCUAAAUUCGCCUCCUCUAUGUGUAUCUACCAGUUUGACUGCAAAUGUGGAGCCAGCUACAUUGGGCGUACAAUUAGGCAAGUUCAUCGUCGUAUUUCCGAAUAUCAUCCAACGUGGUUAAGUAAGGGACAAAAAAGAUCUAUUCGUAGCUCUAUUUUAGCCCACCUCGUUGAUACUGACAGUAAGAUUGAUGUUAAUACAACAUUUAAAAUUAUUUAUCGCAUUCCAACUUAUCUUAAUUUUGCUCUGUGAGUUCGUCUUCUACAGACGGCUGAGGCGAUUGGAAUUCAUCUGAAGAAGCCAAGCCUAUGUGUACAGAAAAAAUUUGUACAGCCACUUUCCCUACCGUUGCCAUCGUCACAAGAAUGCAUAAACAGGACUGCGUCACCCCCUCCCCCUAAACCUAUAAAAUUAUAUUUGUCUAAAUUAUUUAUUUUGACCACUUUAUCUUUAGUUUACGUGUUAUUCUUGUAAAAUUAAUUUAUUCUAUCCAUUUCCACCUUUUAAAUCUGUAUUGAUUUUCUUCGUUAACUAUUAACCCAUUGACACUGUUUAAUUAUUGUUAACAAACUUAUCGCCACUUGAUUGGCAAACUGUUGUAUUGUAAUUAUAAAAUGCUAUAUAUAUCAGAGUAGAGCCAAAGAUGAGGAUCUAACUGAAAAGUAAAUAUUUCUUCGCUC